GCUCCUGUUAUUGUUCAAAGUUCCACGAGGCGCACGGUGGUAGAUCUGGGAUCAAAUGUGACCAUAUUUUGUCAGUGGACAGCAAAUCCUCGAGCCGAGGUGACCUGGUUCCGUGGUUUGCCCAUCCCACAGGAGUCCGAUCAUUCCGUGGAUGCAAACGCGCAUCCCAUGCCGUCCUCGGCUGUCAAGAGUCCCAAACCACGAAUCAGUCAGUUGGUGUUCCACAAUUUUCGUGAGGAGGAUAUGGAUGAAUAUAGUUGUCGUGUGAAAAAUAGUCUGGGAACCACAAGCAGAACAAUGGGUAUCCUCAUUAAUGGUCUCCUCAGUAAGUUCUCCGAACUGGUGUUGCGUUUCCAAUCCAGUCAGUGGGAUAUCAUUGCUGUCACAGAAACUUGGUUGACGGAUGACAUUCUCGACUCAGAGUUGGGCCUACCGGGCAUGUCUCUUCUCAGACGCGAUCGUCCAACGCGCAGUGGUUGUGUUCUACUUUACCAUCGAAGCGAUCUCCAGUGCAAUGCAGUUGAUCCUCCUGUUUCAGCCCCUGACUAA